CUUUCCCCUCCUCCCCUCGCUCCUUAAACGGGAUUCCGGCUGGGCGAGCCGCGGGACGGCAUCACCGGGCAUCCCGGCGGCUCUGUCAGCUCCGCGCUGUCCCUCCCGCGCACACAUACACACACAGGCUCAGCCUCACCCUCACCCGGAAAGCUGGAAAAACAAUUUACAAGGUUCCCCCUCUUCCGUUUUCUUUAGCUUCUUGCCCUUAGUGGAAAAAAACAAAACCCAAACAAAUCGCCCCCCUGGGCUAACAAAAAAAAAAAAAGGGAGGCUGGUAAAAAGCCAGUGGUGAAGGGGGAGAGGUGCUCGGUGGGGAGGGCACCCCCAAAGCGGAGGGCAGCACCCCCGGGGGGGGAUGAGGUAGAGGCAGCGGAGCGCCCGGCCGCGGGGAUGGAGCGGCGAGCGGCGGGGACGGGCGGCAGCGCUCGGUGCUAGAGCCCCGGCGGCACCCGAGGUCUGAGAGGACGAUAGCUUGUACAAUACAGAGCAGUCUGGUUUUCAAAAUGGAAUUGCAGCUCGCGCUCCUUUUCGCAGGGAUAGUUGCAUUUUCGGACUCGGCAAGAGGUCCCCCAAGGAUUGCCGAUAAAGUGAUUCACCGGCAGUCCGUGAGGCUAGGGAGGACCAUCAAGCUCCUGUGCCCAGUGGAGGGCGACCCCCCACCUCUCACCAUGUGGAUGAAGGAUGGACGCACUAUCCACAGCGGCUGGACGAGGUUCCGAAUCCUUCAGCAAGGUCUGAAGAUCAAGGAGGUGGAAAGCGAAGAUGCGGGAACCUACAUUUGCAAAGCCACCAAUGGCUUUGGCAGCACCAAUGUGAACUACACCCUCAUCGUGAUUGAUUUCUUCCCUGAGGCAUGGCUGAAGCAGAGAGUGGUCAGUGCUGUCCAUGCUCAUGAUGAUGCCAGUUCAGGAAAGGAUAGCCAGAUGCCUGAAGGCUCCAAUGGAGAAUAUGAAGAUCAUUCUGGGAAGCAGUGGGCCCGACCCAGGUUCACACAGCCAGCAAAGAUGAGACGGAGGGUGAUCGCCCGUCCUGUUGGCAGUUCCAUCCGCCUGAAGUGUGUGGCCAGCGGGAAUCCACGGCCUGACAUCACGUGGCUGAAGGACAAUAAGCCCCUCACGCCCCAAGAGAUUGGGGAGAACAAGAAGAAGAAGUGGACACUGAACCUGAAGAACUUGAAGCCGGAGGAUAGUGGAAAAUAUACCUGCCGAGUGUUUAACAAAGUUGGAGAAAUCAAUGCAACAUACAAAGUUGAAGUAAUCCAGAGGACAAGGUCCAAACCCAUCCUGACAGGGACGCACCCUGUCAACACGACGGUGGACUAUGGUGGGACCACGUCUUUCCAGUGCAAGGUCCGCAGCGAUGUCAAACCUGUCAUCCAGUGGCUGAAAAGGGUGGAGUACGGCACAGAGAGCAAGUACAACUCAACCAUUGACGUUGGGGGACAGAAGUUUGUUGUGCUGCCCACAGGGGAGGUCUGGUCUCGUCCUGAUGGUUCCUACCUGAACAAACUGAUGAUCACUCGAGCCAAGGAGGAGGAUGCAGGGAUGUACAUUUGCCUAGGGGCAAACACCAUGGGCUACAGCUUUCGCAGUGCCUUUCUCACAGUCCUGCCAGAUCCCAAGCCUCCAAGUGCACCUGUGCCCCCGUCCUCAGCCAGCAGCCUUCCCUGGCCUGUGAUCAUUGGCAUCCCUGCUGGAGCCGUCUUCAUCUUUGGAACAAUCCUCCUGUGGCUUUGCCAAACCAAGAAGAAACCCUGCUCUCCGCCAGCUGCUGCUCCUGUGCACCGGCCACAGCCCCGGGACAGGAUCUGCGUCUCCCAGGUCCCCGACAAAGACUGCAUCUCCUCCAUAAACUAUGAGGAAUAUGUCGCCCAGCAGCAGCAUUUACUUUCCCAAGGGCCUGCACUCGCCUCGCCUAUGGCAUCCAAAAUGUACCCAAAGAUUUACACGGACAUCCACACCCACACCCACUCACACGUGGAAGGCAAAGUCCAUCAGCACCAGCACAUUCAGUACCAAUGCUAAGAGGGCAGCCGUGUACAGUAGCUCGUUUGGGCUUUUCCUUGUGGUACCUCAGAAGAGACUGCUCCAAGUCAGCUCGCACUGCCAGCAAUAGGCAAAGCAGACAGAAAAGAUUAUAUAUGUGAUUUUAAAUAUAUAUACAUAUAUAUAAUUGUA